AUGGCUGUGGAGUGGAAUUCCCUGCCUGCAGGUUUGUUGCCGGAACAGUAUCUACAGGUAUCUUGGGCCCUUUUAAGGCGAGAAAAUAGGCAUUAUUUAGGUGUUCAUGCUUCAUCAUCGAUAUCAUCGUCACACAGGAAAGUAUGCAUCAACUGCGGGGUUCCAGGAAUGGGAACGACAAUGCAUUUGGAGCUCGGGUCCCAGUUUGGCUCAGUUCCUGGGUCCAUGACCCCGUAUGCUAUACCUUCGGAAUAUUUAUUAAGUCGACUUAUAGUAAUUGACCUGCGGUUACUCGUAAAAAACAAGCCAAAUUUAGUGCUAACGAAGGAUAUGGCGUUGCAAUGGAGAAUGAUGCGGUACGAUACCAAGGAGCCCACAAUGUUUCUGUUCAAUUUCGGUCGAAUCCCCGACACUAAUAACAAGAACAAGAAAUGUGCUUGUCAUUUCCCUGGAAUAAGCUACGAGCUCGCAGAGUGGAUAGCAGCUAAUCUGACGCACGUGGUAGCCAUAGCGACUGACGCUCCGUCCAUCGAAUCUGAACAGACCAGAGAGCUGACAGAUCGUACUAUCUCGAACUUGCUCGGAAAGAGCGGCAUUUACAUGAUUGAAAAUGUUAAUGUUAGGAAGAAUCUACCAGAACAAGGGUGCGUCGCAAUGGCGAUGCCACUGAAACUUGAAAACGUGAACUACGUGCCCACGCGGUUGACAGCUUUUUGUCCCGAGUCGAAACAAUCUGAUACACAGGUAGUGUUGGUGCUGAAGAACAAGUCGGAGACUGCAAAGUUAUUCCAAGUAAAAGAUUAUGAUGACAUGUUAGUCGAUAUAUUGCAGCAAUAAAAUAAAAUAAAAAUGCAGUGGAUGCUAUUUCUAGUCUUACUUCAGUGGUUUACGUAAACAGACGAACAUAAUUUUAUGUUCCAUG